AUGCACCUGCGUGCAGGCGUAGGUAGGGCAUACAGUGACACAGCAUCGUGGUGGUCACAUGAUGACAAGCUGGCUUGUUCUGCGCCCUACCGCGCAGGCGCCCUACCGCGCAGGCGCCCUACCGCGCAGGCGCCCUACCGCGCAGGCGCCCUACCGCGCAGGCGCCCUACCGCGCAGGCGCCCUACCGCGCAGGCGCCCUACCGCGCGCCGCGCAUGCGCAUUCACACUUCUACGUUUGCACCCUCCGCAGCAACGGACAGAGCACCGCCAUGGCCACGGCCAAGGGCCCCAACCCCGACGCAGAGACGGUGCAGGUGCUGCAGGACGUGGCCAACCGCCUGCGGAUCCGUUCCAUCAGGGCCACGUGUGCCUCGGGCUCCGGGCAUCCUACGUCGUGCUGCAGCGCGGCGGAGAUGGUGUCUGUCCUCUUCUUCCACACCAUGAGGUACAAACCGACGGAGCCGCGACACCCGGACAACGACCGCUUCGUCCUCUCCCAGGGCCACGCCGCGCCCCUCCUGGACGCCGCUUGGGCCGAGGCGGGCCGCGCGCGCGAGCCCGACGCGCCGACCCCGCGGAACACGGACGGUGCCGCGGAGGGCCCCCCCUCCCCGCGCCUGCCCUUCGUGGACGUGGCCACGGGCUCCCUCGGGCAGGGCCUGGGCGCCGCCUGCGGCCUGGCCUUCACCGGCAAGUACUUGGACAAGGCCAGCUACCGGGUGUUCUGCCUCCUGGGAGAUGGCGAGUCCUCGGAGGGCUCCGUCUGGGAGGCGCUGGCCUUCGGCUCCCAGUACAACCUGGACAACCUCGUGGCGGUGUUGGACGUGAACCCCCUGGGGCAGAGCGGCGCCGCCCCGCCGGGCCACCGCACCGACGAGUACCGGCGGCGCUGCGAAGCCUUCGGCUGGAACGCCUACUCGGUGGACGGCCACGACGUGGAGGCGCUGUGCCAGGCCUUCUGGCAAGCAGCGCAAGUGAAGAACAAGCCCACCGCCAUCAUCACCAAGACCUUCAAGGGUCGGGGUGUGCCCCACAUGGAGGACGCCGAAGAGCAAGCCGAUGCAGUUAUCGCAUCCCUCGAGAGUCAAAUAAGAUCCAACCGCCGUCUCACACCCAAGGCCCCCGUGGAAGACUCGCCGCAGAUCAACACCAAUAACGUGAAAAUGGCCUCGCCUCCUGCUUACAGACUGGGCGAGAAGAUAGCCACCGGAAAAGCCUCUGGUUUGGCCCUGGCUAAACUGGGCCAUGCUCACAAAAGAGUUAUUGUUUUGGACUGUGACCCGAAGAACUCCAUCUUCUCCGAGAUUUUCAAGAAAGAGCAUCCCGAGCGCUACAUAGAGUGUCUGAUGGCCGAGCAGAACAUGGUGAGCGUGGCUCUGGGGUGUGCUACACGAGGGCGGACCAUUGCCUUUGCCAGUACCUUUGCUGCCUUUUUCACCCGCGCCUUCGAUCAGAUCCGAAUGGGUGCCAUCUCGGACACCAACAUCAAUCUGAUUGGUUCUCACUGCGGGGUGUCCUUUGGUGAAGAUGGACCCUACCAGAUGGCGCUAGAGGAUCUGGCCAUGUUCCGAAGCAUUCCCAAUUGUACCAUCUUCUAUCCAAGCGACGCCGUCUCCACGGAGCACGCUGUUUAUCUGGCUGCCAGUACCAAGGGAAUGUGCUUCAUUCGGACCAGUCGGCCAGAAACUGCCGUGAUCUAUACCCCACAUGAACCUUUUGAGGUCGGACAGGCCAAGGUCAUCCACCAGAGUGCCCAGGACAAGGUGACAGUUAUCGGAGCUGGAGUUACUCUCCAUGAAGCCUUAGCAGCUGCUGAUGAUCUUUUCCAGCAAGGCAUUUCUGUUCGUGUCAUUGACCUAUUCACCAUUAAACCAUUGGAUGCUGCCACCAUCAUCUCCAAUGCAAAAGCCACAGGUGGCCGGAUUAUCACCGUGGAAGACCACUACCUAGAAGGUGGCAUUGGAGAAGCUGUGUGUGCAGCCGUCUCUGGAGAGCCCGACAUCCACGUUCAUCGGCUGGCGGUGACAGAGCUGCCUCGAAGUGGGAAACCUGGGGAAUUGCUGGAUAUGUUUGGAAUCAGUGCCAGACACAUCAUAGCAGCUGUGAAAUAUACUUUAAAGAACUAA